UCUGCAGGUGAUGUCAUCGUCUACAUCAACGACGUGUGCGUCCUGGGCACCACCCACGCCGACGUGGUUAAGCUCUUCCAGUCCGUGCCCAUCGGCCAAAGCGUGACGCUCGUCUUGUGUCGCGGUUAUCCUCUGCCCUACGACCCAGAGGAAGCUGCCAACACCAACAACAACACCACCACCACCAUCAUCUCCCCGCUGGGCAUCAUGGAGCAGCGGCCCAUCAUGGUGAACGGCAGGACGGGCUACGACAACUACCUGGAAUAUCUCUCCCGCACGGCUCGCUUCGUCACGGACCCCAGUCAGGAUCAGGUCAACGCCCAGCAGCUCCUCCCGCCUCAUCCAGGCGACACCCACUUGGACGGCUCCCUCCCCCCCACCACUGGCACCACGCCUCCCGACAGCAUCUCCAUGGCGUCGUCGGGGGCGACCCAGGGGGAGCUGCUGACCCUGACCAUGGUGAAGGGAGUGGACGGCUUUGGCUUCACUAUAGCCGACAGCGCCACGGGCCAGCGCGUUAAACAGGUGCUGGAGCCUCAGGGCUGCCCCGGCCUGUGCGAGGCGGAUCUGAUCGUGGAGAUUAACAAGCAGCCGGUUCAGGGAUUCACACACACGCAGGUGGUGGAGCUGCUCAAGGAGUGUGCCAUCGGAUCGGAGACCAGCCUGGUGGUGCAGAGAGGGGGAACAGGUCACUAUUCACCCUGGAAGACCCCUAAGCAGGUGCUGGAGCAGUGGGAGUCCCAGCAGGGCCAGAGCAGCCCCGCUCAGACCAGCUUGUCGGCCCCCGUUAUCCCCCACAGCGCCCCCUUCCCAACACACCAUCUUCACAGGGCCUCGGUCCCAGACUCAGCCUCCGAGGCCUUGGCCCUGGCUAAACCAGACCCCUAUGACCUUUAUGAGAAGUCCAGGUCUAUCUUUGAGAGUAGGCAACCCGGCCAACCGAGGACUGCUUUCCCUGUAGACUUGACAGGAGCGGAGUACCAGGACAUCGAGGUCCACCUGCGCAGACAGAAAUCUGGGUUUGGGUUCCGGGUGCUUGGCGGAGAUGAGGCCGGGCAGCCUAUCUUGAUCGGGGCGAUCAUCGAGAAGAGUCCGGCAGAUCUAGACGGGCGCUUACGGCCUGGUGAUGAGCUGCUGUUCGUGGACGGGAUCCCGGUGGUGGGGAAACCUCACAGAUACGUCAUUGACCUGAUGCACGGGGCGGCACGAAACGGUCAGGUCAGCCUGGUCAUCAGGAGGAGAGUACAGGCGGCAGGUGAGCCCUGCCCGGAGAACGGCCGCAGCCCGGGCUCGGUCUCCACGCAGCACAGCUCCCCUCGCAGCGACUUCACGUACGGCAACAGCACCUGCACCAACCCGGCGCCCAACACCUGCACGGGCAACGUGGCAUCUUCAGACGGGACGUCGACUCCCAACGCCCAACCCAGUGACGUCAUCAUCAACAGAAAGGAGAGCGAGGGCUUCGGCUUCGUCAUCAUCAGCUCGCUCAACCGGCCCGAGGCGGCCGCCGCUAACACUGUGCCCCACAAAAUCGGCCGCAUCAUCGAGGGAAGCCCGGCCGACCGCUGCGGGAAGCUGAAGGUGGGAGACAGGAUACUGGCGGUGAACAGCCAGUCCAUCGUCAACAUGCCCCACGCCGACAUCGUCAAGCUGAUCAAGGAUGCAGGCCUCAGCGUCACCCUGAGGAUCAUA